AUUCGCACUUCCGCUUCUGGUGCAACGAGGCGCAUGCGGAACGAAAGUGCGCGAAGCAGAAAAAUUCUCAACUUCAUUGAACUUAGACAAGACGAAGAUGCAGCCAAUGAUUUAUUGUGAAACAUUGUAAUUGUGUGUCGCGUAUGCUACCACGUGUUGUCUAUCUGAGAAGACUGCGUUUGAAUGUCCAGAUGUUUUUAUAUUUGAUAUAUCUUGCUGAUUACAGCUGAACACCCAGCAUUAGAGAAUCCCAGUACUUAGGCCUACAUUUUAAUAUAUUGACAAAGGACUGAAAAAUGUCAGACUUGGAACAGACACAAGCAAUUUAUUUGGAGGACGAUGAUGAAGAAACAGAUGAAGAAAGUACAGAAGGAAAAAAGAAAAUAGUGUCAUUUUUGAAAGUUUUAAAGCAAGAAGGAUAUCCAGAGAAGCUUUUUCCUUUGUAUGAUGGUGACAACGUGAUUGGACGUCAGGAGGAUGCUUGUAACAUUGCAAUUCCCUUAAAGGCUUUGUCAAGGCAGCAUGCAUGCAUUGAAAUAAGAGGAGAAAAUCAUUUGAUUUAUGACAAAGGAAGCCGAAACAAAACCAAAAAGGGCAAGCUCUUCUUGACUCCACAAGUGCGAUAUGAACUGAAAGACAAGGAUACCCUGCUUUUUGGAGAUGUACAGUGUGUGUACAUAGUUGGAGAGCCUGACAAUCUGGAUGAUUCAGAGACAGGCUCUGAAUCCGGAUUCCAAACAGCUCCAACAGACCCUGUGGAAAAUCGUGGAACCUCACAUGUAACUACUUUGGUAUACGACUCUGAGGAGGACAAGUAUAACAGUGAUGAUAGUGUGGAUCUCUUACAGCCCACUCAGGCAUUUAUGCCAAAACAGGAUGAAAGCAAGAGAAGCAGAAUCAAUUUUGACAUGGACACAGAUGAUGAAUCUGAGAGAAAGAGCCCAGAUAUAACUGUCAAAGAGACUCCAGCUCCUAGGAAGAUGCAAGGUGUAUUAAGCACUGUAGCAGUGUUACCAGAAUCGGGAUCUGAGACAGAUGAUGAAAAGAGUUCUCCAUCACGAAAGAAAGAUGGACAGACGAAUAAAUCUGGAAACAGCAGAUUGUUUCAGGCUCCCACCCAGGCGUUUUUGGUAGACAGUGAGGGAGAAACAACUGAAGAAGAUUCACCCAAGAAAAGGUUACUGUUUGCUGCAACUCAGCCAUUCCUGGAAGAGAAAAGUAAACAGACUGGUAGCCCUCAGGGAGUCGUACUAGAAAGUGACAAUCAGGAAGAUCAGGAUGAGAACAUACCCGUGGUGGAGGUUGAGGAAGAGGAAGAUGAGGAGGAUAAGAGUCACUUGUUUGCUAAUCCCACUCUAGCUUGUGACCUUCCAGAGGACAUUGUGGAAUCAAGUGAUGAACAAGAAGCAGAGGAGGAAAAUAAUGCAUCAACAGAAGACCCUGAAGCUGAAACUCAGGUCUUCACUGACAGUACUGUGGCUGUGAGUGAUGAGACAUUGGAUGUUAGUGCCGUGAAAGGUGCAAGUAAAACUAAAGCAGGCAAGAAGGAAGAAAAGGUUGCCAAAGGUGCUUCAACUGUGGAGAUUAAAAUAAAAGAGGGUGAAAAUGAUGCCACACAGGAAUUUUCUGACAUUACUGGGGGUGCAACGCUUGCUGUAGGUAAUGAAGGGGAGUGUGAAUCCACUCAGGUGUUUGAUAAUGUCACUGAAGCAGAAACAGUAGCUGUGCAAUGUGAGGCCACACAGGUCUUUGAUGAAAAAGUCACAGAAGCAGAAACAGUGGCAGUUGAAUGUGAGGCCACACAGGUAUUUGACGAAAAAGUCACAGAAGCAGAAACUGUGGCAGUUGAAUGUGAGGCUACACAGGUCUUUGACGAAAAAGUCACUGAAGCAGAAACUGUGGCAAUUGAAUGUGAGGCCACACAGGUCUUUGAUGAGAAGGUCACAGAAGCAGAAACUGUGGCAAUUGAAUGUGAGGCCACACAGGUCUUUGAUGAGAAGGUCACAGAAGCAGAAACUGUGGCAAUUGAAUGUGAGGCCACACAGGUCUUUGAUGACAACAUGGCAGCAGAGGUAGAAACUAUGGCUAUUGAUAAUGUAGCAGACUUUGAAAAGGAGGCAGAAACAGUGGCUGUGGAAUGUGAAGCCACACAAAUGUUUGUUAAAAAGACUACCAAGGCUGUAAAAGAAAAGAGCAAAUCAACUCGAGUGUUUGAUGAGAAGAUUUCUGUUGCUGAAACUAUUGAAACGGAAUGUGAAGCUACUCAGGUGUUGGAUAAUGUGUCAUCAAAUACUAGUUCUAGGAAGGAAUGUAGUGAUUCUUCUGUAGAAACUGUUGCUUUAGAAUGUGAACCUACCCAAGUGUUUGAUGAUGUAGAUGUGGGGGAAGAUAACAGGACUGAGAGUAACAAAUCUUCAACAGCUGCAUCAAAAACUGAUGCUAAAGACAAGGAUGAACAAAAGCAGUGUUUUGAUGAAAGUGAUGUUAAAAACAGAGACAAAGCAGGAAAUUCUCUUACGAAGUCUAAACCCAAAUGUAGAGAAGGAGAGGGAUCUGGAGAAGUUCUACCAAAACGAAGUGGUCGCAUAUCUAAGCGUAAGUCGGCUGUAGAAGAUAAACCUGUGGAGAAAAUUCAGGAAACUGCAACUAAAAAGGGGCGGGAGAGGAGAGGAAGGGGUAGAAAGAAGACCAGGGAUGCUACAGAGGAGUUGAUAGGCAGUGGUGAAGAGGCCACAGAGACAAAGGGGGACAAGACAUCUACAGGACUGGAUGAGAUCGACAGCAGGGUCAUCAACACAAAAUCUGACAGGAGUGAGGCGGGUAUUGAACAAACUGUACAGUACAAUAUGGAGGGUAUAGAACAAACCGUACAGUACAAUAUGGAGUGUGACGAGGACCUACAACCCACCCAGGCUUACUGCAUGGAAGCAGAUGAGGAGGAGAGUGAUACACUAUCAAUUUCUGAAGUCCUUGAAGUGGAGGAUCGCACACCCACAGAAGAGGUUAAAAUCCUGGAGGAUACCCCAGACAUAUUGCCUGUACCUAUUCCACCAGCAUCACCACACAGGUCGGCAAUGGCAAGUCCAGGCAGACGGUCACCCUCACCUAAAAAAGUCCACUUUGAAAAAAGGGAGUCUGAAGUGACAAUAGAUGAAGCUUCUGGAUCAAAACUAAAACCAAAAGAUGAAAUUUCAGCUGGAAAAUCAAGUGGAAGAAAUCGGAGAUCACUUCCAAAUCUAUCUCAACCAACCGCCCCGGCAAGAGGAAGACGUGGGAGAUUAUCUGAGAAUCUAACAAUUAAGGCUGAGGCACUGUCAUCAGUUGCUGUUAUGUCAAAGGGUAGAAGAGGAGCAAAGACACAAAAAACAGAAAUGCCAGAAACAGCAGGCAAAGGUAAAGCAGCAAAAGUGAUUUCAGAGGAGGAUACACCACCAUUAGAAGAAAUAGAAAAUGUGAACACUCAGAAACUAGAGGAAAACCCUGCCAAUGAGGAAGAAACUACUCAAGUAAUGGGUAGAGGAAAAAGAGGAAAGAGGAAACACCACGAUGCACAACCUCAUACUGAUGUAUCAACUUCUGCACAGAGUGAUGAAGGAGAACAAGAGAAAAAGAUGGCAGAGGAGGCUGGAGAAGUAAACAGUAGAAAAGGAAAAGUUGGCAGAAGGUCACAAGUUCCAGUGUCUGAUGAACAAGGAAUGGAAAAUUCAGAACAUCAUGAAGAAAGCAGUAGUCGGGGGCGUGGAAGAAGAAAGACGAAAAUUCUAGAUGAUGAAAAGGAACAAUCUCGCUCAGAUACAAAGACUGCUAAACCUGGGAAAGGAAAAAGAAAGAUCAUUGAAAACUCUGACGGAGAAGGAAGUGAGAAAACAGAUUCUGACAAUGGUGGUAGAAAGUCGCUCAAGUCAAGAAGACGAGGUUUGGUGGAAGAGAUAAAUGAACCUGCUGUUGAAGAAAUCCAAACUGAUGAACCUCCUGCUGAACUGGAAACUUACAAGAGGACCAAAGGACGUAAAAGUUUAUCUAAUACAGAAACUGAAAGUGUUCCUGCUGGAAGGAAAGUCAGGACAAGAAAAAGUGAUACUACAGCGAUUUCUAAAGACGAGGAGGUUGUAGCUAGACAGACUUCAAGUGAAAAUGUGGUUGAGGAUUUAGAUUUAGAAGAAAGUAAGACGAAUCAAAAGGGAUCAAAAAGGUCGAGGAAAAAAGAAACCUUGAAUAUCAUUAGUGAAGAAACGGUGAAAACUUCAGGGGAGCUACCAAGCACCUCAUCUCACAACACAAGGACCAAACAAAGAACAUCAAGUGAAUACAGUGAAGAAAUAAAUGAAGUGAAAAAUAGUGUAGAAAAUAAAAAUGAAACAACACCUAGUCGUAAAGGAAGGGGCAAAGGAAAAAUAAAACAAACAAAGGAUGAUGUGCAGGAAAAUGAAAUAAGUGAUAACAACUCUAAUAAAAAGAGAAAUCAAAGAAAAUUGGUGACAAAACAGGCUCAAGACAAUGUAGCUGAAACAGGAGGGAGUCAAGAGAGUGUUGUGUCUACAGAGUCAAUACCAACAAGGAGAGGGAGAGGAAAAACAGCAGCAAAACAAAUGGUGGACAGUCAGGAUAUUCAGGAAGAUAGUGGUUCCAAGCGAAAGUCCAGAGGAAGAGACGUUUCAGCGGGAAGGAGAAGUGCUUCUGGAUCCCAAAGUAGAGAAAGCUCAGCAGGAAGGAGAAGUGCCGCUGAAUCCCAAAGUAGAGAAAGUUCAGUAACAAGAGACAGUGAAACUGACAAGAUCAUAUCCUCAGCAAAAACAAAAGGCAGCAACAAAAAAGUAAAGAGAGAUCAGAAGAACACUACCCCGGUUGCCUCUGACACAGAAAUGAGCAGUGAUUCCCAGGAUAGCACCAAGCCAAGAGGGGCCUCAAAAAGGGGGCGUGGCAGGCACGCUACUGAAGAGGCCAAAGAGGAAGUCCCAGUGAAGAAAUCCAAAAUGGAGCCACCAUCAACGCCCCAGCAAGCGAAAAAAUCUGCAAAGUCAACAGAUUCUCCUUCAUCAGCUCUAAGGAGAAAGUCCAUGGACCCCAGCAAACCCAAAGUCAUGUUUACUGGAGUUACAGAUGAACAGGGCCAGAAGGUAGUGAAGGAUCUAGGAGGACAGUUAGUGGAUGCUGUUCAGGAAUGUACACACUUGGUGACAGAUAAGGUGAGAAGAACUGUGAAGUUCUUGUGUUGUUUAGCCAGAGGAAUCCCCAUAGUAAACCCUCUCUGGCUGGAUAGCUGCAAAUCUUCAGGAAUGUUUGGGGACCAUGCUCCCUUCUUGAUUCGAGAUGAGGCAGCACAGAGGCAGUACAAGUUUGUCCUCCAAAAAUCUCUGGAGAAGGCCAGUGAAGCUAGCCUGUUAUCAGGAUAUCAGAUCCACGUAACCAAGUCUGUCAAGCCAGACCCAGCCAACAUGAAAGAUAUAAUUACUUGUGCUGGAGCAGAGUAUUUGGCCACACUGCCGAAGAAGGCUGGGGACAAAGUAGUGGUCAUUUCCUGCCCGGAUGAUAAAGGUGCUUGUGAUGCAGCAGUAAAGGCUGGAGUCACUAUUGUGAAUGCAGAAUUCAUCCUCACUGGAAUACUGAGACAGGAAGUUGCUAUAGAAAACUAUAUCUUAUUCCAAGACAAAAAGCGUUCACGAGAUUCUAGUGCAGGUGGCCAACCAAGUAAAAGGCGACGCUGACCAAUUCAAAGUGAGCUGAUGUGUUUGUUUUCCUGCUGGAUGUAUAGAGAGAAUCUCCAAAUCGGAAUAACUGUGACUUGACAAGACCAUAUCAAGAAAACCUGUGAUAGAUUGUAGUUUUCUAAACUGAUAAGACAAAUAUACAGUAAUCAUUUUAAUUCACUACACUUCCUAGAUUUGUUGUUGCUUAACAGCAUUUGUUGUGAAUUUGUCAUUUUAUGAUGCAUUCAGUUUUAAUUAAUGAUCUUUUAUAAAUGAAGUCAAUGCUUUUAUCAGAUAUCUAAACGUAUGGCAUCUUUAUCCUAAUGCAAGUUGUGCAUGUUCCAAUUAUUACUAGAUUAAAGAAAUGAAACAAUG